UUUUUCUCUUUUCUAACAGGCGCAUUUCUUUCUAUGUACCUUUCGGGACCAGGCUGUCGGCUUCUUACUUUGAUGUCCGCACUUAAACCCUGAGCCCAGUACAUAUUGGAAUAGCCUACAGGAGAUGUGCUGUGCGGCAUGGCUGCGUAAAACAUUUGAGGAAAAACGCGGGUGGAACUGCUUUUCAAUUUCUUUUUUGCGACUGUAACAAAAGAACAGAUCGGAAAAACGAGAGGAGCGCCGCUGUAUUGGAUAUUGUGGACUAUUUUUUGACUUGUGCAAAACGCUGGAGUUUUGGGGGGAAUAGAACUCAUGGGUCGAUGAGAGAAGCCGGACAGAGGUGCUGCUCCCCCGCUAACUUCAAGCGAGAGUUCGAGGGAGAUUAGAGCCGAGCUCAGGAGCCACAAGCCGUGCAGCCAUGAACGGGGCGCUUUCGGAGCCCGUGGCCACGAGCUUCCGAGAAGAUGCUCCCCGUCCGCCGGUGCCGGGCCAAGAGGGCGAAGUCAAGUGCCGCAAACUGCCGAGUAAAAUGACCGCGCUGAGAGUCAAGGAGACGGCAAAAUCGACGCGUAGGGACGAGGAGGGCCUGGGAGAGCCAGAGGGCAGCGCUUCACCGGACUCGCCGCUCGCGCGCUGGACCAAGUCUCUGCACUCGCUGCUUGGUGACCAGGACGGCGCGCGACUUUUCCGGGUCUUUCUGGAGCGCGAGCGGUGCGCCGACGCGCUCGACUUUUGGUUUGCGUGUAACGGGUUCCGCCAAAUGGACCUAAAGGACGGCAAGACGCUGCGCGUGGCCAAGGCCAUUUACAAGCGCUACGUGGAAGCCGAUGGCGUCGUCGGCAGGCGCCUCAAGCCGGCCACCAAGACUUUUAUUCGGGACAACGUGAAGCGGCAGCAGAUCGACUCGGCCAUGUUCGACCAGGCGCAGACGGAGAUCCAGACCAGCAUGGAGGAGAACGCGUACCAGACGUUCUUACAGUCCGACAUAUACCUCGAGUACGUGCGCAGUGGCGGUGAAAACCUCGCACACACAAGUCCCGGUGCGCUCGGGAGUCUAAAACUCGUCUGUGGCUACUUGCCCACCUUAAACGAAGAGGAGGAAUGGAGUUGUAAUGACUUUAAAGCCAAAGCGCUGGCUGUGGUCGGACUGUCGACUAAAGCGCUGCGGUCUGCUUCUCCACUGAGGACUGUAGACGUGAUGGAGAAAAACUACAGGUCGUAUAGACGCAGCGAUCCUGCCAACCCGUACCAUGUGGCCUCUGGCUGCAGUUUCGCCCCCACCACUAGUGCCAACGACAGCGAGAUCUCCAGCGACGCCAUGACAGAUGACUCCAUGUCAAUGACUGACAGCAGCGUUGAUGGGAUCCCACCAUACAAACUGGGCAGCAAGAAGCAGCUUCAGAGAGAGAUGCAUCGAAACAUGAGAAUGAAUGGCCAGGUCUCACUACCUGUCUUUCCUAGGCCACGGCGGCCACCAAAGGACAUGACCCCAGUGGAGCCGGCAGCAUUCGCUGCUCAGCUUAUUGCCAGACUUGAAAGACUGAAGAGAGAACAAGAGACUAUGAGCUCGUUAGAAGAGAGACUGCAGCAGAUCGAGGAGGAGGAAGAGCGGGACGAGUCCGAGCUUUCUUCCUUGCAGCGGCGCUCGAGCGAGGACGACCCGCAGGCCAUCUUAGAUGAGCACCUCUCACGUGUUCUCAGGACACCUGGUUGUCAGUCGCCCGGAGUGGCACGCCACUCACCCCGCUCUCGCUCACCAGAACCCCGGCCGCUGACCAGGCCUGUGGGUGGCACCUCGCCUAUGCCUGCUUACCCUCCCGGACGGACGUUCGUCUCCAAGCAUGUCCAUCACCACUACAUCCAUCACCAUUCAGGGCCCAAAAGCAAGGAACAGAUUGAAGCCGAGGCAGCACGGCGGGUACAGGUCAUGUGUCCAGCCGUACCCGAGUGCUGUCCCUCAGCAUACACACGGAGCCGCAGCCUGGGCCCUGAGCAUGGAAACGGCAUCGGCGAGGCGACCCAAGGAUGUUCGAGUUCCUCAUCCAAGCGUGUCUGUAGGUCUGGUGAGGACGUGAACAGUGAGAGUACAGAGACUGCCACCUUACAACUGCCGACUGACAGCGCUGACCGCUCACAGAAUGUCUGGCAGUGGAUCAUGGAAAGUGAUCGGCAGGCCAAGCACAGGCCGCACAGCACUCAGAGCACGAGGAAGCUAUACGGCUCCGAGUCAGCACGCACCCACACUUGGGGAGGUGCAGGCAUUUCCGGGCACCUCCGCACCCACCAGCCUGCUCAUCCAUUCAUCCAGGACCCAGCUAUGCCCCCUCUACCUCCGCCCAACACCCUGGCACAGCUGGAGGAAGCGUGUCGACGUCUGGAAGAGGUUUCCAAACCCUCCAAACAGAGGCAUUCAACACCAGGCCUUCAAAGAGAAAAGAGCCAUGCAGUGCCUGUUCAAACUGGAGCUGCAUCUGUCCAGAGCCAGGUUCUUCAAACAGAGCACCCAAAAGAGCCAAAGAAGCCUCCUGGCAGCCAUGGCAAUGAAACUGUGGUCACAUAUUUCUUUUGUGGUGAGGAGAUCCCCUACAGGCGCAUGAUGAAGACACACAGCCUCACCCUAGGCCACUUCAAAGAACAGCUCCGCAAGAAAGGCAACUACAGGUACUACUUCAAGAAGGCCAGUGACGAGUUCGAGUGUGGAGCCGUGUUUGAGGAAGUAUGGGACGAUGGCUCCGUUCUUCCCAUGUACGAGGGCAAGAUCCUUGGGAAAGUGGAACGAACAGACUGAAAAAAAGAAAAAAAAAUGUCCUCAUGUGAUCGAAAGGCCAACAAGCAAAGAAACAGACUUCUACAGAUAGAUCUGUAUUUUCAAAGAUAAAGAAAUUUUAAUAUAUCCACAAAAAAAAACUCUUUUUGUAUUGUUUUGGCUCAUCAAGCUAUUGAAGGAAUACUAGCCAAUGAAGUAUACCAACUCGUGGAGGACUCCAGCAAAGCAGCCUGGGAGAUCAGGCACCUUAACUAUCAAUUGGAAUGGUCAAGAGACGCUAUGAGUAUACCACUGUCUGAAGAUGCGGGUGACUGUAUGUGGUGUUUUUUUUUCUUUUCUUUCUUUCUUUCUUUUUUUUUUCUUCUUUCCGAGGGAUUGCUACAGAGCCGGUGCAUACUGCACCAUGGACUGCUGACCAAGUUUUAGUUGUGUUAAUUGCAGGUGUGUGUGUGCGUGUGUGAGCGUGAAUGUGAGUAUGUGUGUAUGUGUGUAUACAGAGGUAUGUGCACGUUAUAUUGUGCUUUUGUAACAACAAAAGAAUAUUAAUAUUUAUUAAACUGUCAUUUCCCUCCUGCCCCAUGUCCAGCGUAAUGGACAAGCUGCUUAGUUAAAUUGGGAGAUUUUUUUUUCCAAUGGAACACAUGCAUGGUCAUAAUGCUAGAGUCCCCCCAUUAUAAAUAAAUGUUAGGAGUCUCCGAUUCCGUCCAAUGAGGAGAAGUCUUCCAUCCUGGGACCACACAGUUUUCUCAACCCUCUUGAUUGAGGGUUGAUUCCGAAAUUGCUCUCUUCACACUGCGUCCAGGGCUGUGUCCCGAUUAGCAUCAUAGUGCCUUCGAAUAUUUGAAACUUACGAAUUGUACAGGAUCAGAACCACCUUGGCAAGAAGCCUUGAGGGUGCAUUAUCGUACGACAAAACAAUCAUGUUGCAUCCUGAUAUUCUUAUAUAAAAGUCCCGAUGUCUUAAUCCCACUGAACUAAAAACGUGGCCUUUCCUCAUUUUAGCACUAUUUCAACAGAACCAAGCAGGAUGUUGAGACGUGUACCCAGUAUGGAAGUUCCCUCCAAAAUGGCAUAAGUAUACUGAUAUACUGAGAACCACAGAGCUCCUGGACAGGGUGUAGUUGUGCAUUGGCAUAGCAGUGGCGUUUAGAUUAAUGUCAGUGUUUUAGACUGCAGUACCUGUGCCUACAUGGAUACCAUGCCAUGUGCUGCCCUGCUUCAGGGUGUAAUAUUCCCUUGCUUUUCUAAAGGGGUUUAUGUUGCAAAGAUUUUUUUUAAUGCUUUGAAUAUCUUGUUAUCUAUUCUGGGUUUUUUUUUUUUUUUUUGUUUCACAUAAAUGUAAAUUAUGCAUUAUAUAGAGCAUCAUUUUAAAGAUGACUUGGUACUUUAAUUAUUGUAAUUAUG